UUGGUUGCUGUGCAGCCGAGCAGGGCGUUUUGCCGUCGCCAAGGCGCAAUCCCACUUUCCCGCCCCUUAUGGCGGGGGCUGGCGGAAGAGCGGUAAUGGAGGAAGGCGGGCUGACAGAAUGCAUUGAGAAAGUACCUUUGAAGGAAAACUGGAGUUCGUACAACAGAUUUGUGAUUCAUCACUGGACUACAGGGAAUGAGCUCUUGUCACGCCUUAAAGAGAAAUCCCAGGAUAACACUCUAGAAGAAAGCAUGAAUGAAAGUGAAACAAAAUGGCUGCAGGAAGGGGCUAAUAAUGAAAAUGUCACUUUUCAGAAAAAUCUCCAAGAUGCAGAGUUUGCGAUUGGUUCAGUUGAAAUGUUUGUGCCAUCAUUUAAGGAAACUCUUGAUAGAAUUACAAAAGCUUGUUACGUUUCUGCAACAGAUAUGAUGAAGAUUUCUGUGCAAGCCGAUUUACUGGUGAAGGAACUAGAAGCUCUCAGAAAUAUGAAGGGAUGGUUACAGCAGCUACUUAGAACAAGCAAGGAAAAAGAAAUAACCAGUAAACAGGUUGAAGAUUUGGCACAGAAGUUAACAGAAAGUGAAAGUGAAACUAUAGAUCUUACAAAUCAAGUUCUUCAAAAACAGAGGCUCAUUUUGGAGCUUUCUACUCAACUUCAGCAAGAGAAAGCGGAUAAACUAAGAGCAUCACACCAGGCAGAACUGAUACAAGUAGUAGAAAAUCACUUGCAAUGCCAGAUAGAGAAAAAGGAGACUGAGACUAACCAACUGAGAACAAAAAUUCAGGCUAUAGAAAAGAAAAUUACUGAAUGGAAGCUACAAGUUGGAGACCAAAAGCAGCAGAUUUUGACUGAAAAGGAAAGAAGAAAGGAGAGAAAGGCUGCACUGAAAAAAGCAGCACAGGUUCAGAAACAAAGAGCUGAACAUUUGGAUGCUGCUAUGGAAAAUUUGAUUUCCAAAAUUAAGGAGAAGGAAAUCCAGUUGACUGAGGCACUUUCAGCUUCUAAUGUCUGGAAAAGUCAUCAUCAGACAGUGGUAGAUGAAAAAACCAGGUUAGAAGUUCAAGUUGAAACUUUGAAAAAGCAGGUGGAAGACCAUCUGAUAGAACUACGAAGAAUACAAGAUUACGGGAGGAAGUCCAAGGGAGAGAUUCUUGCACAGCUUAAUUCUGUCCUCUCUGAAAAUGAAAUCCUUUCUCUUGAAAAUGCAAAAUUAAAGGCAUCCUCUGCUGCUUUGGACGUGAAUAUUAUGUCUGCAGAAGCUGAACUCCUGGACUUGCAUGAAGAAGCAAAGCUGCAAGAGAACCUGGUUAACCAAUAUAAGACUGAGGUGCAGAAAUUAGAAACAGAAGCUGAAGAAUUGAAGACCAGGUAUAAAAAAGUCAUACAUGAAAGGAAAAAGUUAAUGGAAGUUAAAGAUUUAGAAAUGGAUAAGAUGAGAGGCCAGACGGAGGCUCGUUUGAAGGAGUUAGAACAUGCCCAUGAUUUACAGAGAGCAGCUGAAGGGAAACUGCAGAAGUGUCAAGAAAGCCUGCUGUCAUGCCAAAAGAGCUGUGUAGAUAAAUCCAAAGCCUUUAGGGAACUGCAGGUUCAGGUGGCCAACAGUGAUGAUUUCUUGAAAUACUAUUCUAUGCAAAAUGAAAAUUAUACAAUUCAGACGAAGUAUGAAGAAGUUCAAAGAAAAUUAGAAGAAAUGGAAUUACAAAACAAAAAGCUUGAAGAUCAGCUGGUGGACCAGGAAGAGAGUCUUCAGAAAAUUGAACUGCAGUUCAAACAAAAGCUUGCAAGUUAUGAUGCUUUGACCAGACAACUGGAAGUUGCUUUGGAAGAUGGACGGAAAAGGCUGGUAGAAGAGGCAGAAAAAAAUUCACCUAAAGAGCAGGCCCUCCAGUUGAAGAUAUUGGAUCUAGAAAAUGAACUGAGGCGGAAAAAAGAGGAACAUAAACAAUUAGCUAAGAAGCUGAAUACUAGUGAAAAACAUCACGAAGUUUGCUUGAAGGAACUAGAACACAGUCUUCAAAAAUCAGAGAACCAGAACCAAAGCAUCCAGAAUUACGUACAGUUUUUGAAAACCACUUAUGUAACCAUGUUUGGCUAAGUUUUUUGUUUCUUUCAAAACAUUAGCACACAACAUGGUAGAUUCAGACGUGUGCUUUCCUCAUCAAAGCUCCUAUUUUUAAACCUGUUACUUUCUCCAACCUCUGUUUGAAGUUUGUAAUUCCUAGUGAGACGUCACUGAGAACCACUUCUGCAGUUAUACCAAAAAAUGGAUAUUUCUUAUCUUGAAUUUGACAGAAUCAGACUAGGGGAUCUCCAUGGAUGGUGUCAACCUUAUGCACUCAAACACUUGUAGGACUUCCCUGUAUACUCUGUGCUCCUCUCCUCCCCCUUACUUGAGUGAAGAGGGUCUCUCAUGCAGUGCUCUGAAUUAGGGGCAGUAAUGAAUCAGAAACACAUCACAAGCUCAGAUGGAAUUAUUCUGAUAGUCACUGUGCCUUGCUGAAGAAAAUACUUCUGCUUCAAUAUAAGUUUUAGCUACUUAAUUUACACACUUGAAUUAAGUACAGUAAUGUGAAUCAACACCCCAGCACAACAAUAAUACAAACUGUACUGAUAGAUAGGUUAAGGAUAAAUGAAGGCUCAGCCCAGUUUGCACAGUUCUAUGUAUACAUAAUUAAAAUCAGAUGUACUCUAUUAAUAGCAGAAGCAAGGCUUUAAAAUUUGGGAUUGGGUUGAUAUUAUUAACCUAAUUAAUGCAUCAAGAGCCAAAUUGUGUUUGGUUUAAAGAAAGCCACAAAGAAUUGAUUCCCCCUCCCCUGCCCCCUCCCCGCCCCCAUACACGUAAUUCAAAUUAGUAGUAUAUAGUAUUAGUAUCUGAAGAGAAUUUCUACAAAAAAGUCAGCCACAAAACAAAGUUUUUUUUAAAAAAACACUAGGAAAAUCAGUGCUCAAUAAAAACUUUCUUGUUACAUUUUU